GUCAUUUUGGCUAUGGAAAGUAUUUUUCUAAACUGGAACAAAAAUAAUUAAUGUGUCAAUCUUUCCUCUUUCAAACAGGAAGCAACAACUUUAUAUGGCUCAUGCCUGACAACAUGCACCACCAGUGGCUGCUGCUAGCUGCAUGCUUUUGGGUGAUAUUCAUGUUCAUGGUUGCUAGCAAAUUUAUCACAUUGACUUUUAAAGACCCAGAUGGCUAUGGUGCCAAGCAAGAGCCAUUGAUACUGACAGCUGUGACAAAAGUGGAGGAGGUACAUGUGCCAGAGGAAAAACAUUGGCCUGAAGAAUUCCAGCCAACUGGAAAAGCUUUUUCUGGAAAUCUGAUCCGCCAACCCCUCGUUCACAUGGAAAGACUUGAGCUUCUCAGGAAUGUCUGCAGAGACGCUGCAUUGAGAAAUCUCUCUCACACUGCAGUUUCCAAAUUCGUCUUGGACCGAAUAUUUGUGUGUGACAAGCACAAGAUCCUGUUUUGUCAGACGCCAAAAGUGGGCAACACUCAGUGGAAAAAAGUCUUGAUCGUUUUAAAUGGAGCAUUUUCUUCCAUAGAAGAGAUCCCAGAAAAUAUUGUACAUGAUCAUGAGAAGAAUGGCCUUCCAAGGUUGUCCUCCUUCAGUGACUCUGAAAUUAAAAAACGACUGAAUUUAUACUUCAAGUUUUUUAUUGUUAGAGAUCCAUUUGAAAGACUUAUUUCUGCAUUUAAAGACAAGUUUGUGCACAAUCCUCGAUUUGAACCUUGGUACCGGCAUGAAAUUGCUCCUGGCAUCAUUCGUAAAUACAGGAAGAAUCGCACAGAGACCAAAGGGCUGCAGUUUGAGGAUUUUGUGCGCUAUCUGGGUGACCCUAAUCACCGAUGGCUGGAUGUUCAGUUUGGUGACCACAUCAUUCAUUGGGUAACGUAUGUGGAACUUUGUGCCCCCUGUGAAAUCACGUAUAGUGUGAUUGGACACCAUGAAACCCUGGAGGAUGAUGCUCCGUAUAUCUUGAAAGCAGCCGGCAUAGACCAUCUGGUAUCGUACCCCACGAUUCCACCAGGCAUAACAGUGUACAACAAAACAAAAGUAGAGCGGUAUUUUUCAGGAGUUAGCAAGAGAGACAUAAGACGUCUCUACGCACGGUUUGAAGGUGAUUUUAAACUCUUUGGUUAUCGGGAGCCAGAUUUCUUGCUUAACUGACACCUAGGAUAAGCUCUGAAGAAUGUGUCAUGGAUGAAUCUAAACCUGCGUGAAUACCAGCUGCAACACUGACAGAGCUGAGAAUGACCAUUUGUUUUCUAGCUUUUUGAUGUUGCUCCAUUUUUCAGUGAAAUAUUUGUCAUAUGAACAAGUAGGGGCUUAUAGUUGUUGUUUACUGACCAUGUUUUCAGUAUGUGACAUUGCAAUCUGUUAGGAAUGAAGUGUCAAUCUGAAAUACAGAAUUCCCCUUCUCCCCUCUUCCUUCCAGGGAAAAUGAGGGAGAACGAAUCGGCUGUGAUCUUCCCCUCCUUCUCCCAGACAUAGUGCCAUUUUUUUAAAUGUUGUAAAGUAUUUAUAAAAAUGGCAAUUUCACUGUAGGUUAACUCUGACACAUGGGUGAACUUGAUGAUUCAUGCUCAUGAGAAAGGCAUGUAGUCUCCCAUGAGCUUUGAAAAUGAGAGGCCCGUGCAGGACUAAAAAUUGAUUAAAUGCUUGACAAAUAAAAUCAUCUAAGUUCUGUCAUGUGGCUGCUAUAAUAACAGUAAUGCUGAUCUAAUCCCAUUCUUGUUUGUCACAAAAUGAACCUAAUUAGACAGAAGCUUUAGAGGUGUUAAAAAAGGCACUGGUUCCAGAGCCCAGUUGUCUUUGUAUUUUUGUCAAGUGUUUACUGUACUUACUACUGAUCUAUUGAGCCUCAUAAUUCUACUUUGGAUUUUCAAGAUAUUAUUUAACUCCUGGCUGUGUAAGUUAUCUGAAAACACCGGAUGCAAAUGGAGCAUAGAAGAAAUAUGAAACUGCCAGGGAAACUUUAAGGAAAGUUAAUUUAAAAUGAAGUAUUAGUUUUAUUUGUGGGAGCACAUAUAGAAACCACGGGAUGCUCUCACACAAUUUAACUUGUUUUGUCUUCUAACAGUUAAGAUUAAUAAAGAAGCCACAAAGGCGGGAUAUCAUAU